AUGGCACGCAUUUCACAUGCCCAAAGUCCACCAAGUCAAUCUUCAUCGUCAGAGCCUUCAUCCGAUAAGGAGAACCAUCAAGCUCCUUCUCGUGUUGCAAAGAGAAGUCAGACCAAGACCAUGGCCUCUGGCGCUACUGCGAAGCGCCAGCGACUGUCAAAUAGAACGUCCGAUACUAUUCAAAGUGACAGUCAACCUCAACUACCACCGUUGCAACAAAAUAUCGAUAAGAGAUACUACGAUCCAGAUCAGGAUGAAAAUGAAAGAAGACGAGUAAGAAAAGGGCUCAGGGACUUGACGCGCGAGCUACAUGAUUCUAGGAGUGAGUUUAUGCAGGCUGGGAACCAUGGCAUUCGGGAUACCAUCAAAAAAGCCAAUGAAUACUUUCAGGAUGUUAAGCAAACUUCCGACGCUACGAUUGAUUCCCGUCUCUUGGUCACUGCGGCCGACCUGUCAUACAAGAAAACAGCACAUUUAGUCUUAGGAGAUGGCUCUGCAGGUAUAGACGUUGACGAAUUUGUCUCUAAGUGUAUAUCCUUCAUGCGCAGUGCUCCAGGAGAUUCACAAAAUAUAAUGCCUAGCACGCAGCGUCGUCGUACGCAAGCCCCGGGUAGAAGCCAAGCGGACCCCAACGAUAGUGAUGACGACCAGGGAGAUGCACUGAACUGGGACUGGCUUGGGCGAUCUGCUUGCUUUCGCCAUAAUUCGCGACCGUCCAUCUCUGGUUUCUUGCUAGGGCCGUUAUCGGUACAAAAGCGCACACGACAGAUUACACAGCGAAGGGCUACAGAGCGUCGCGAUCCGUCACAAGCAGUGCGACCGCAGGAACUUCAAGAAGAAGACCUGGACCGACAAGAAACGUCCAAUCUUACCGCCAUGUGCACUAGUAUAAACAAACUGCUGGCGAGAAUACAGAAUGCUGGCCAGGACAAUGUAGAUAGGGUCCUAUUGCAGCUGGAUGAGGAACCAACAGAAGAGAUGGUACAAGAAGUGAUGGCUAAAUAUCAUGUUGCUGAUGAUGGCGGUGUCCCUCUGUUUCAGUUCUGCAUAAAUCCGAGAUCUUUCGGACAGAGCGUGGAAAAUCUGUUUUACGUCAGCUUCCUUGUCAGAGAUGGCACUGUUGGUAUCCAAGUGGAUAGUCGGGAAUUGCCAACCUUGCAUGCCGCGAAACCGUAUGCCCCGAGCGAAGCCUUGAAGAAAGGGGUUCAAAAACACCAGGCUAUAUUCAGCCUUGACUUUGAAACCUGGAGGGACUUAAUCGAGGUAUACGGCAUCAAGGAAUCCAUCAUUCCUCAUCGUGCCGAAGAGCAACAAGAGAACAAUGGGCGGGGCUGGCCGAUUAAGUUAGCGUCCGGUGCUCUCGCAGUGUUCUCUCCCGUCUCUCUUACACCAGAAGUCCGCGAAACCAUUUCGAGUCUGGGCGGCAACCUCAAAUACAUCGCCGCGCUGGACCUAGAGCACCACAUCAACAUAACGCCGUGGAAGGAGGCAUACCCCGACGCUAAAAUCAUCGCGCCCGAAGGUCUCUACGAAAAGCGACAGUCCAAUCCCGAACACAAAGAUACACCGUUCCACCACGUGUUCCGCAAAGAGAACAAAGGGCAGCAGAAAAUCUCCGAAGAGUUUGACUCGGAGUUUGAGACUGAAUACGUGUACGGGCAUCCGUCGCGGGAGCUUGUCUUUCUGCAUAAGCGAUCCGGCACGCUCAUUGAGGCCGAUCUUUUGUUUAAUCUACCCGCAAGGGAGCAGUAUUCGAAGACCGGUGAAAGUGCCACUUCAGGGGCUCUUACCAAGAUUAUUAGCCCAUUGUUAUCGACUCACCCGCCUGCGACAUGGCAGAAGAGGUUCGUGUGGUAUAUACUGUCGAGUGGUGAUCGACGGGCGUUUAAUGAGUCGGUAAGACGGAUUGAUAAGUGGGAUUUUAAUCGGUUGAUCCCGUGCCAUGGGGAUGUGGUUGAAAGUGGUGCUAAGGGAGUUUUCCGGACAGUGAUGGAAUGGCACUUGGAGGAGAAGAAGAAUAUCUGA